AUGGGAUUCGGUGCGGGGCGGCGGCUGCGCCCAGUCCCGGCGGCGCACUCGGCCGCGGAGGAGGCGGCCCGGCAGGGGCAGCGGAGGGGCUGCGCUCGCCGAGGGGAGGCCGAGCGUGCCAAGCUGGCGCCCGGCGGGGCCAUGGUGGCCGGCGCCCGCGGCCUCCUGGCCCUUCUGCUUGUGGUCUCCGCCCCGCUCCGGCUGCAGGCGGGCGAGCUGGGUGAUGGCUGUGGGCACAUAGUGACCUAUCAGGACAGUGGCACAAUGACAUCUAAGAAUUAUCCAGGGACUUACCCCAAUCACACGGUUUGUGAAAAGACCAUCAGAGUACCAAAAGGGAAGAAGCUGAUUCUGAGGUUAGGCGAUCUGGAUAUUGAAUCCCAGACCUGUGCUUCUGACUACCUUCUCUUCACCAGCAAUUCCGAUCAGUAUGGACCAUAUUGUGGAAGUAUGCCUGUUCCCAAGGAGCUCCUAUUGACCACGAACGAGGUCACUGUGCGCUUUGCGAGUGGAUCCCACAUUUCGGGGCGGGGAUUUUUGCUGACCUAUGCGAGCAGUGACCAUCCAGAUUUAAUAACGUGCUUGGAACGCGCUAACCAUUAUUUGAAAACAGAAUACAGCAAAUUCUGCCCAGCUGGUUGUCGAGACAUAGCAGGAGACAUUUCUGGGAAUCUGGUGGAUGGAUACAGAGAUACCUCGUUACUGUGCAAAGCCGCCAUCCAUGCAGGAAUAAUCGCAGACGAGUUGGGCGGUCAGAUCAGCGUGCUUCAGCACAAAGGGCUAAGCCACUAUGAAGGCAUCCUGGCCAAUGGUGUGCUCUCAAGAGACGGUUCCCUGUCCGACAAGCGAUUUCUCUUUACCUCCAACGGUUGCAGCAGAUCAUUGAGUUUGGAACCUGACACACAGAUCAGAGCUUCUUGGCAGUGGGUCAGUGAGAUGGGAGAACAAGUUCACUGGUCUCCUGGCCAAGCCCAAGUUCAGGGCCAAGACCUGUCAUGGGCUUCGGGGGACAGUGGCAAGAACCGUAAACAGCGCGAGUGGCUGGAGACCGAUUUGGGAGAGAAAAAGAAAAUAACGGGAAUUAUGACCACAGGAUCCGCACAGUCGAAUUUCAACUUUUAUGUUAAGAGUUUCGUGAUGAAGUUCAAAAACAGCAACUCCAAGUGGAGGACCUAUAAAGGAAUUGCGAGUAAUAAAGAAAAGGUGUUUCAGGGCAACUCUAAUUUUCGGGAUCCAGUGAGGAAUAAUUUCAUCCCUCCCAUCGUGGCCAGAUACGUGCGGGUUGUCCCCCAGACAUGGCACCAGAGGAUAGCCUUGAAAGUGGAGCUCUUUGGCUGCCAGGUCACACAAGGUAAUGAGUCGUUGGUGUUGCGUAAAACAAGUCCAAAUACUGUCGGUUCCACUGAAAGAGAAGAUGAGACGAUCACAAAAUCUGUCCCCUCUCCAGAAAUGCCCACAGGAAUAAACAUCACAGCUGUUGCUAUUCCGCUGGUGCUCCUUGCCGUGCUGCUUGCUGGAAUGGGAAUCUUUGCAGCCCUCAGAAAGAGGAAGAAGAAAGGAAAUCCAUAUGGAUCAGCUAAGGCCCAGAAAACAGACUGUUGGAAGCAGAUCAAAUAUCCCUUUGCCAGACAUCAGUCUGCUGAGUUCACCAUCAGCUAUGAUAAUGAAAAGGAAAUGACGCAAAAGUUAGAUCUCAUCACAAGUGAUAUGGCAGAUUACCAGCCGCCGCUCAUGAUUGGCACCGGGACCGUGACCAGGAAGGGCUCCACCUUCCGUCCGAUGGACACCGAGGCGGACGAGGCCGCGCCGAGCGCCGAGGCCGGCAGCCACUACGACUGCCCCCUGCCGGCCGGCCGCCACGAGUACGCCCUGCCCUUGACCCACCCCGAGCCCGAGUACGCCACGCCCAUCGUGGAGCGGCACGGGGCGCGGGCGCACGCCUUCUCGGCGCAGGGCGGCUACCGCGCGCCGGGACCCGGGCCGGCGCACGCGCAAACGCACGCGCACGCGCUCCCGGCCGGCGGCGCGUCGUACCAGACGCCGCCGCGCCCCGCGCCCGCAGCCCGGCGUCCGGGCUACGAUCAGCCGACAGCGGGCGGCCCGGUCGCGGAGCGCGUCCACCCCGACUACCAGGAGCCGCGGGCGAAGCCGGCCGCCAGCGCCGCCUACGCGGCCCCCCGAGACUGCCUCCAACCCCUCAGCCCCACAGCCAUGACUGCUCUCUUGUGA